AUGUCGACGCCAUCAAACUACCUCCCCAUGGGAUGCUUGGUCAUCACCAGGGAGAAUUCCGGUAUUCAAAGCGAUGUUUGGAAGCGAUUGCGAGACCGUUACGGAAACUGGGCGGACAUUAAUCCAGCAGAUCCGGUCCCCGACAUCAGCACCACCCAGCUGGCGAACUUUGACGACACGGAUGAGGCUCUUUUGAGGUCAAAACCCGUCACGGUGUUCAGGAAUCUCGCGGCCGCCAGAUGGAUUAUGUUGCAAGUCUUUGUCUCUCAAGAUCAUGUUGCCAUCAUCAGAGUCUACAUGCUGCCCGAUGACGUUGACAGGCGCCUCGUCGAUCGUGAGCGGAAUAAGCUGAAGCACUCCCGCGGCUUACUCUUCGCAGCCCUCGACUUUUCACCGCAAACUUGGUCAGGCCGGCCUGCCCAUAUACCCGUCAAUCUCAGUGAUCACUUGAAGGAGGAGUUCGACGACGAAGAUGAGUCUCGCACGCUUUUGGAGAUGUUCAACAGCAUGCCCUCGCCAGACCCCAACCCGAACGUCAUCACCAAUCACGGGGACCGUGAGGCGGCGUAUGCAGUUCUGGAUAGCGACGUUCCUGGCCUUACCACGACACUUUAUGAUUACCAGCGCCGAUCAGCAGCCCUGAUGAUUGAGCGAGAAAGCGAGCCCGGCCAGGUCCUCGACCCCCGCCUACUCAAGAGCAUUGACCAGAAUGGCGCCACGUUCUACUUCGACCCCAGCCAGAGCGUACUUCUUAAAGAGCCACGGUUUUAUGAUGGAGUCAGAGGUGGAAUCCUUGCCGAGCAGAUGGGGGCAGGCAAGACGCUCAUCUGCCUGUCUGUGAUUCUAGCGACCAAGCACUCGGCCACCCAAACGCCAGAGAUUUACCGUGGAAACGACGUUCCUGUGAGAAAGCGGGUAGCAUCUCUCGCAGAUAUGGCGGCUUCAUGCAUCACUCGAAACGCGGCUCCCUGGAAGACGUACUUUAACACAUACGGCACCGUGGAGGAUCUGGAGUUCCCAAAAUGCAUUGCUGCUAUUGAACGGAAUCCUGGCUUUUACCAUGUUCCACCUGCUCCGCCUAAGCGAAGCAGUCGAUACCAAUCGACGGCCGAGCCGCCACCAACAAAGAUAUUGCACAGUCACGCAUCGUUGGUGGUUGUCCCAAACAACCUCAUGAAACAAUGGGAACAAGAGAUUGCGAAGCACACCGCUCGCCAGGAUCGAGCUGGUCUCAAGGUCCUCACCCUGGCCAGUCAGGUGGGAGAAAUUCCCGACGCCCCUUCCUUGGCAAAGUACGAUAUCGUCCUCAUUUCUCAGUCCCGACUCGGCAGGAUAUACAAGCAGACUAUGCUACAUGGGUGUCCCCUGACAGAAGUUCACUUCAAGCGCUGCAUUGUUGAUGAAGGCCACAAGCUUGGAUAUUCCAGGAUUUCGAGCAAGAGCGACCUGCUGCUAGCUCUGGACUUGAUGCAGAUUACUUCUCGAUGGAUCGUCACCGGAACACCAACUCCAGGAUUGUACGGUGUAGACGGCAAGAGCAAGGUAGCCAGUGCUGGAGACAAGAUGGCUUCUGCGGACACGGAGAAGCAAGAUCUUGAGAAGGUAGGAGCGAUAGCAUCGCUGUACCUGAACGCCCGGCCUUGGUCAAAUACCUACCAUGAAGCGGAAGAUACGCCUGCAGACUGGGCCGUCUAUGUGAUGCAGCCGCGGCACAGCUCGAGGAGUAGCGGACGCAAGGGAAUUCUCAGGGCAACGUUGAACACGCUGCUCAUCAGGCACCAGCUGUCUGAACUCAACAAGCUGCUUCCUGCCGUCGACGAGAAUAUUGUUGUUCUUGAAGGUUCCUAUCAAGACAAAUUAUCGCUCAACAUCUUCUCGAUGAUGGUCAUCUUCAACGCAGUACAGUCACAACGGCAGGAUGUAGACUACUUUUUCCAUCCUCGACAGAAGAAGUCACUCCUCCAGCUACUACACAACUUGAAGCAGGCUAGCUUCUUCGGUGGUUCAUUCUAUGCGCCCGAAGACUUACAGAAGUCGCUCGAUACCGCCGAAGAGUUUUUGAAGGAAAAGAAGGUACCGAUCAGCCCGAGUGAUAAGAUUUUGCUCGAAAAGGCCAUAACAGUGGCUCGCAUUGCCCUCAGCAAUCCGUUGAAACAACUCAGCAACCAGUUCAACGAGAUUCCCAUCUUUGUUCGGGACUUUCUUCCAAAUGGUGCUAGUAGAGCCUGGUCUAUGGACGAUCAGGACACCAACCCAAUUUGUACCGACGCAGGUAUGGUGAUGGGUGUUCAGAAGGUCAUCCGCUCUUCGCUGGGAGAUGCAACCAAGUUGAAUAGUCUGAUGAAUGGCCAGCUUAAGGAGGAAGGCUAUAAGAUGAUGGCAGACGGCAGCAUCACCAGCGCCCGAUCCACCAAGGCGGAAAGACGAGCAACCAAGCUUCCGGACACACUUGCAGGAAACACAAAGCUUGGAGGGGAAAGGACGCCUCGGCAUCUGCGCGCCAACGCGUUCCACGCCCCCGAAGAGUCAUUCUCUCAACAGGAUCUGCCGGAGGACCUUUUGAAGGCAGAGCUAGUUUCUACGGUGUCAGCCAAGCUGUCGUACUUGCUCGAUAGUAUUGUGGAACAUCAAGCGACGGAGAAGAUCAUUGUCUUCUAUGAAAAUGAGAAUGUGGCAUGGUACUUGGCCAGCAUGCUCGACGUGAUUUCAGUGUCACACCUAAUUUACGCCAAAUCACUGGCAUACGAUCGAAAGAUGCAGUACAUUAAUACAUUCAACCAUGAAGACAAGUUUCGCGUAAUUCUCAUGGACCUGUCCCAAGCAGCUGUCGGUCUGGAUAUGCGCGCGGCUUCGAGAAUCUACUUCAUCAACCCGGUCCUGAACCCCCAGAUACAGGCACAAGCUGUUGGACGAGCUCGGCGUAUCAGUCAGCAGAAGCCCGUUACGGUAGAGACGUUGAUUCUCCGUGGCAGUAUCGAGGAAGUGAUUGUUGAGAGGAAGAAGAGCAUGUCCCAGAUCGAGCACUGGAAGUGCAAGACAAUGUUGGACGACCGUCCGAUCUACAACUGGAUCCUGAACGCCGCCAUCAUACCGCUGCCCGAGGGCGAGAUGGAGAAACUAGCUCAAGCAGUUCCGCUGAAAUAUCCCCAACCGGUAUUCGGCAGCGGUUUCGGAAGAGAACACCAUCCUGACCAGGACCUCAUCAUGGGUGACAUUGGUCCCAGCUCACCCAUCAAGAAUCGACAACCGGCGAACGCCAAGACAACCAACGGAAGAAAACGUUCUCGCAGUCCAGAACCACGGAGUGCGCCUGCCCGCCCUGCGCGCAGAGCGCGAUUUGCCGAAGACGAUGCUGCCCCAUCCGUCAACAUCGCGAUGAACGGCGAGUCCAGCACUGCAGAGACCCCGGUCAUUGACCAUCAAGAGAGCGUUCCACCUCAGGACUCGCAUGAAUUAGACACUAAGCCAGCUCGCCGAGUACAGUUCUCGGUGGUUUGA